AUGGCUGCCCCCUCGAGCAAGACCACCAAGAACCUCAAUGGCAAAUGGACCAUGAACAAGACGCUCUCCGACUCCUCGGAGCCGGUGCUCUCCCUGCAGGGCGUCGGCUACCUGAUCCGCAAGGGCAUCAGCCUGGCCACCAUCACCAUCGAGGUCGAGCAGUACGAGGGCCCGCCCAAGCCCCCCAACACCGCCGCCGACGUCGUCACGCACAUCGACAUCAAGCAGUCCGCGUCGGGCCUGUCGAGCACGCAGGAGAACCGCUGCUUCGACAACUUCCCGCGCGACCACACCGACUGGCUGUUUGGUACCGUCACGGGCCGCAGCCGCUGGGUCUCGCUGGACGAGGUCACCGACGAGUUCCUCAAGAAGGGCUGGGAGGUCGAGGGUGAGGGUCAGAGCUUCAUCACCAACAUUGCUGAGAACAAGGAGAAGGGAUGGGUUGCUGAGCAGGUCUGGGGAUUCCAGAUUGUCGAUGGCGAGCGCAGAUACUGCAGACAUGUUGUUGUGACCAAGGGAGCGGAGCGGGCUCAGAUCCGACUCGUCUACGACUUUAACGAAGAGUAA